UCCCUUUCUGCCGCCUGCCACGUCACGCCUCGGGAUCCCCGGGGAGCGGCUGCGGAGGGCGGGACCCCUGGGCCGGGGCCGUGUCGGCGCGGCGCCUGCCCCGGAAGCGGGUCCUGCUGGGGGCAGGUGCUGUUUACCCUUCACGGCUUGGCGAUGCGCGAGCUCCUGGGCUCCCCGACGCCCGGCCGCCCGACAGGAGAUCAUGAAUCAGGCAGAUAAAAAUCCGCAGGAAAUCCCAUCCUACCUUAGUGAUGAACCACCAGAAGGUUCCAUGAAGGACCAUCCGCAGCAGCAGCCAGGCAUGUUAUCCCGUGUGACUGGGGGUAUCUUCAGUGUUACCAAGGGAGCUGUUGGCGCCACCAUUGGCGGUGUGGCUUGGAUUGGUGGAAAGAGUCUGGAGGUGACCAAAACAGCUGUUACAACUGUGCCUUCCAUGGGAAUAGGGCUGGUGAGAGGGGGCGUGUCCGCUGUGGCUGGAGGUGUCACAGCAGUGGGGUCUGCCGUUGUCAACAAAGUGCCCUUAACAGGAAAGAAGAAAGACAAGUCUGACUAGGAUAUGGAGAUACACUUGCUUUCCACAGCACUCUGAUGCCAGUGGCAUUGAAUCGCUGCGUCGGACUACAACAAAGUCACCUGUUCUGGACGAUUAUCUUCUAAACUGCUGUGUUGAAAGUAUUGAUGACUGGCUUUCAGCUAAAGAGACCAAUACUAGCACAGUAUAUGAAGGUUUCUCAUACUUAACUUCCAGCUUUUUAUCUGGUAAAGUGUUACACUUACUCAGCUGUAAUUGAAUAUAUGGUAUGUUUGAAUAUUUCCUCUCAGUCUUUCAGUUUGACUACAAUGUGAAAGUUAAAUUUAGUUAGAUGACCUUUACAGUUCCAUAUGUACAAUGUGCCAGGUAAUUCAUUUGCCCCUUUGGAAGGGAACCUUGAACUACAUAAACUGUACCUUUGAUGUGCCUCAUAGCUUCGGAUGUCUUAGUUUUUAAAGCGGUAGUUGUUGAGGCCAGGAGGCAUUCUCAUUUAAUCUGGCAGAAGUGGCAAGAAUUGGAGAAGUGUAAAACAAAACAUAAAAUGGUUUUAUGGUACUGUUAACCAUCUUUUGUCAGAUACACAUUCUGCUUAAUCAUUGAUGCCUUACAAAAGAAAACAUCUUUUCUAAUACCUUCAUUUGUGCAGUUCUUAAAAUUAGCUUUUGGUUCUCUUAAAGGUUGGGAAAUAGGUUUUCAUUCUUAAGAAUCUCAGGAGUAGGGGUCAGUGGCUCAGACAGUGCUUGUUAAUGGUUUGGCCAGUAGAUAAGAGUGUAUACUUGGACCUGGGUUCGUGCUUCACCAUUAAUACACCUCACAGUGCCUAAGUAACAUUUCUUAGCUGUGUUAGGUUUCAUAUUGAGGAACAAAUACUAAGUUCCUAAGAAAUACUUAAAGCACGCAGGAUAUAGAGUCCUUCACACCUAUUCUGUCUUUAAGAUGUCUUAAAUUAUUCAGAGUACUCCCUUCCAGAUCCCAUCAAAGCACCACAAACACUUGAGGACUGACUUUCAAAUGAAAUAGGCUCCAUAGGUUAGCUUUGAAUGAAAAUGGGUGUGCCCUGAAUGGUUUCUGUAGGCCUCUAAAAAAUGUCAUCUUCUGGUCAGUCUUGUAAAGCAGCUGUAGACUGCUGUUUUCCAGCCACCCCCAGGCAGGGAACUGGCGUUUCAAUUACAGAUGGGAAGAGUGUCCUGUCUCCGUAACCUGCCAUCAUGCCUCGUCCACUCCCUGGAAGGUAACUUGGCUAGAAUUGUUUUUUGUGCUCAGCUUCAUGAGCAUUCUGACAAGUGGCAUAUGGAUUUGGCAUCCCUCUUUCACGUGAGUGUUACAGUCCAGGCCUGAAAAAUCUGAAGUCUGGAGUUGUUCACACUCUAUCCUCUGCAAGGAGGAAGCAGGUGUGUGACAGCCUGCUGCUGUAAUUAAAUCAGGACCGUGUCCCUGGGGACCCACACAGGGCACUCCAACACCUGAAGCAUAAAUGCUGGCUUGUAAACCAUUAGAGUAUUGCAUUAAUAAUGCCAGCAGAUGAGGAAGACAGUAACGUUUAAAAACUUUCAUAAAAACCAGCAGGGAUUUUGAGCAAAUCUACAGACGUUGUGGAACUUUCCUGCUUAUGCAAAACUGAAAAGUUCACUAAGGAGUUCAAUUAAAUGGGUCAUUCAAUAUGAUUUAAGGUAUACUGUUGGUUUAUUCUGGUCAAGUGUUUUAAUGAUCAACGGGGAUCUUUUUUAAAACUCCAACAAAAUUAUCUAAAUAAUGGUAUUGGAGAACUUGUUUCCUGCUGUUUUGCAAUUAUGUAUUGCUUCCUUGCUAGUUUGUAUUUCUAACUUCCAUAGUCACAGGCUCUGCUGUGCUUUGUACCCAAAUUUCUUCUAAGUAUAGACUUUGGUUUACUGUAUGCUUGCAUAUUUAUAUUUUCAACUUUGUUUGUUCUUAAAAUUGCUUGAGGAAAAAUGGUUAUAAUUUGUCCUACAGACAAGACACUUGGUACAUUUUAUCUUGUCAAGGUUGUUUGCAGUUUGAAACCAAAACUUAGUUGAGAGGGGCUUUGCCAUGUGACCAAGGAGCUGUCCCAGUGAAGCGUUCUCACAGAGGUUGCCACUGAGUGAGCUUGGCCUCUGUGACAUGCACAGCUGGCUGCGUUUCCCAUGCCUUCCCAGUUAUUCCUGGAUGAGCAGCGUGGCCUAUGGAGACAGGAUUGGCUCACCUCUGGUGUGCACCCGGAGGCAUCCGCUAUUCCGAGGACUUUCUGAGUGGGUAUUUGCCACACAAAGAUAUGACCCACGACUGAUCUAAUAACAUUGACAUUACAAAUCAUGUACUAGUGAAAUGUCAGAUGAAAUAAUUGAAUAGUUUUUUUGUAUUAAAGGGAUGGGCAAAGAACACAUGAAUUGUUAAUAAAGCACUAUGAUAUGCAAAAUAAUAGAACGUUUCGUAAAGAUCUAAAGAAAUAAGGGAAAACUUAAAAACAGGACAAUCUUAAAACUUAGUUACAUAGCAGUUCUGAACGUGCUAUGACCAGUUUUUAAUUUUUGUGGUGAUAAUGUACAAACGUUACAUCCCAGAAUAUGUAUUUUGAUGCCAACACAACAGUGAAAUAGAUAUAUUUUAAGCAACUCUAAUAAAGAUGAAAAACACACA